CUCUUUCACUGAUUCGAGACCAAAACUAGUUGUUGACUUUAAAUGGCGGAUCGAAAUCGGAUCAGAGGCUUUCUCAGAUAUGAACAUGUGACGUAUGCUUCCAUUCUUCUCUACAUCAUUCUCUCUAGUGGUCAGAUCUUCUUCAAUAAGUGGGUCUUGUCAUCGAAGGAAAUAAACUUUCCUUUUCCACUUGGAUUGACUCUACUCCACAUGAGCUUUUCCUCUGUUUUGUGUUUCCUCCUCACUAAGGUUUUUAAGAUCAUGAAGGUGGAAGAAGGAAUGACAUUUGAAAUAUAUGUUACAUCAGUUAUUCCAAUAGGUGCAAUGUUUGCAAUGACUCUAUGGUUAGGAAACACUGCAUAUCUCUACAUAACUGUUGCAUUUUCCCAAAUGUUGAAGGCCAUCAUGCCAGUUGCUGUGUUUGCACUUGGAGUUUCUGUUGGGCUUGAGAUAAUGAGCUCCAAGAUGCUUUUGAUAAUGUCAGUAAUAAGUUUUGGCGUUUUGACCGCGUCUUAUGGAGAAUUAGAUAUCAAUUGGAUUGGAGUUGUUUACCAAAUGGGUGGCAUUGUUGCAGAAGCCUUGAGGCUAAUCUUAAUGGAAAUUCUAGUUAAGAGGAAAGGCAUCAAAUUAAAUCCAAUCUCUCUUAUGUACUACAUGAGCCCAUGCAGUGCGGUUUGCUUGUUCAUACCAUGGAUUUAUCUAGAGAAGUCGAAGAUGGAUGCUAAUAAUAACACAUGGAACUUUCAUGUUCUUGUGUUGACUCUUAAUUCACUAUGUACAUUUGCUCUCAAUUUAUCGGUUUUUCUUGUGAUAUCUCGCACAAGUGCUCUCACUAUCCGAGUCGCUGGCGUGGUCAAAGAUUGGAUCGUUGUUCUGGUCUCAGCUCUUCUCUUUGCCGAGACAAGACUCACAAUCAUCAAUCUAUUUGGUUAUGCCAUUGCCAUUUUCGGUGUAGCUGCUUAUAACAACCAUAAGCCAAAGAACGGAGAAGCCAAAACGUUGCACUCUCAAAAUCCUACAACCACCGGCAAAUAAUCCGGCGACGUAUUUUAGACUUUUCUGUUACCGCAAGAGGUAACACACUUUAUCUUGUAACUGAAAAAAAAAAGUAGUCCCUUCGUUUUAUUACCCAACCCAUAUUUUUUUCACAGCACGAGAAAAUGUUUUAACCUAUGCAAGGGCAAGGUUGAGGAUUGUAACUAGAACUUCAACUUCUUUACCAAAUUUUUUUUUUUUUUUGUACAUCUUAUUAUCUCUAUUUUCGUAUUUUCCGAUCCCUUUAAAGAUUAGAGAAUGUUUCUUAUUUUUUUCUGUGAUUUGAUGUAUAUUUAGGGUAUUAGAGCAACAUUAAUGGAGAGCUGAGAGUAAAAGCUUUUAAAAUUGUUUAUUAUUAAAAAUUUUGAUUUUUGUUGUUUUUAAAACGAUUUUCAAAAAAAAAAACAUUUUAGCCAAUCAUAU